UUCGGUAACAAAGGAAACGCAGCUUUUGAAAAGCAAGACCAUCGUGGCUUUUUAAAGGCUUUUUGCUUCUUAAAAUUAAAAUUACCUUUAUACCCCCACCCACCAAUCGGCAUUUAUUCUUCACACCAACCAUACAACUCGUUCUCUCCCUCUGCGCUCUCCCCUGUGCGUCGUUUCUGCAUCGUAAGAGAAUCUCCCGCCGUUGAUAGCCGAUCUCCGAUCAAGACCACCGCUGCCACUGCCGGCGUCUACGACUACAGCCAUUUCCGAUCCGGUUUCAAACACCCAACCCUAAAACGCAUCCUCUGUAAUACGACGCCACCUCUCCAUAGACGCAACUUCUUCCACCCUCUCCAUCAGCGGUCUCCGGCGCUUCUCCUUCCUUUGCCGGAACCGCUGUCCAUCGAAGUCUUCAUUGUGUCUUCGUCGGAGUUUCCUUCUCCAUCACCAUAUUGUGUCACAGAAGAAGCAAAUCUCUUUCCAUCAAACUAAUUCAAAAGUUGCAAAGAUAAAAUUGAUCUCUCAGUAGAUAAGAAAAACAACCAACUCUUCACCUCCUUCUCAAGCAAUGGAAUUCUUGGAAGCAAAGGAGAUCCAAGUCGGAAUUGCUGUUGCCAUUGUUGCUGUUGUUGCAACUGCAGCCUACUUAUAUACCUCAAAGAAAAGCAAAGUAGGGAGCAUAGACCCUGAAAAUUUUAAGGAAUUCAAGCUUGUGAAGCGCACACAGCUUAGCCAUAAUGUUGCAAAGUUCAGAUUUGAGCUUCCUACACCUACUUCGGUCUUGGGCCUUCCUAUUGGACAACACAUAAGUUGCAGGGGUAAAGAUAGUCAAGGGGAAGAGGUUAUCAAACCAUACACCCCAACCACCCUUGACAGUGAUGUGGGAUAUUUUGAGUUAGUUAUUAAGAUGUAUCCACUAGGUCGGAUGUCCCACUACUUUAGAGAGCUGCGUGAAGGUGACUAUAUGGCUGUAAGGGGACCCAAGGGGCGUUUCAAGUAUCAACCGGGUCAGGUGAGAGCUUUUGGAAUGCUUGCUGGAGGCUCUGGAAUCACUCCAAUGUUUCAGGUUGCUAGAGCUAUACUAGAAAACCCAAAGGACAACACCCAGGUGCAUCUCAUAUAUGCUAAUGUCACAUAUGAUGACAUCCUUCUUAAGGAAGAACUGGAGGGACUUGAAGCUAAAUACCCAGGGCGUUUCCAAGUCUACUAUGUGCUAAAUCAGCCACCAGAGGAAUGGACAGGUGGAGUUGGUUUUGUAUCAAAAGAAAUGAUCCAAGCCCACUGCCCCGCACCUGCACCCGAUAUCAAGAUUCUAAGGUGUGGGCCACCACCAAUGAACAAGGCCAUGGCUGCUCAUCUAGACGCAUUGGGAUAUUCAGCAGAGAUGCAAUUCCAGUUCUAGUUCUAGUUCACUAUUCACAUACGCCAUGGAUUCUACAUAUUGUUGCUCUAUUUUUAAGAAUACGAACAUGCUACUACUUAAUCAUGAUGGACUCUAUAAUAUACUCGAAUAAAGUUUUUGCCAUUGAUGUUGACCAUC